UUUGGACUCAUCAUGUUCUUUUUCUACUUGUGCGACUAUAAGAAGGUAUUUCCCAUCCUGCAUAAGGAAUACAGCCGAGAUACAUUCCUGUUCUUGAUGUUUUUGUUAUUCUCCGUGGGGUGUUUCUUCACCCUCAGACCCACUACCGAUACCAUUCUUGGGAGGGUAAUUUCGUCGUUAAUAUUUUAUAUUAAAUCUUGUAGAGACCAGACUGAAGAAUGGAAAGGGUGGAUGCAGGUCAUGUUCGUAUGGUAUCACUAUUUUGCCGCCGGGGAAUGGUACAAUUGGAUCCGCAUCUACAUCGCUUGCUAUGUGUGGAUGACAGGCUUCGGUAAUUUCUCAUUUUUCUGGGUCAAGAAGGAUUUUUCACUAUGGCGGAUGUUAAAAAUGUUAUUUCGGUUAAAUUUUCUGGUGAUAUUUGUGUGUUUUGUGACGAAGAAUGAAUACAUUCUUUAUUAUAUCUGUGCAAUGCAUACCUAUUGGUUCUUCUCAGUAUACUUAUUCAUGAGAGUUCUCUCCUCUUGGAAUCAAGAUAGAAUCAAAAUGGCGGUCAAAUUUGGCGCGUAUAUCGUUUGCAAUGCGUUAAUGUUUGAAAUUCCUGGAGCUGUAUCGACUGUUUUUAGACCUCUAUGGUUCAUUUUUCAAUAUCAUGACGGAAAGCAUGAUAUCAUGCACGAGUGGGAGUUCCGUCUAGGAUUAGAUCAUUGGGCGUGUCUAGUUGGUAUGCUCUGUGCCUACAAUUACCCUCACUUCGAGGCCUUCAUGAAAUGGAUUGAGGACAAUUCGACAACUGCUCAGGAGAUGUAUAGAAAGAUGGCAAUACGUUUAGGAAUGGUGGCCGCCGCCAUCUUGUCCUUGAUAGUAUGGUACUUCACAAUUCUGACCAAAGAUAAAUAUUCUUAUAAUGCCAUUCAUCCAUACACUUCAUUCAUUCCUAUAUUAUCGUACAUCGUUCUUAGAAACUCUUUUCCUAUACUACGUAAAUAUCACGUGCAUUUGUUCGCUUGGCUAGGAAAGAUAACUCUCGAGACCUAUCUAUGUCAGCUACAUAUUUAUUUACAAUCCAACGCAAAAGACCUAUUACUCUUCAUUCCCGAGUCUCGUCUGCUCAAUUUCAGUUUGUCCACCAUUAUUUAUUUAAUCGCAUCUUAUUUCUUGUUUCUAAUCACCAAUAAUUUCAGUUCUUUUCUCAUACCAAAAGACGUAAAAUUAGUCUUACGUUAUGCGGCCAUUGGAGUCGCCAUAUUUGGCUCAUCAGUUAGUUUCGCAAUAAUUUUG